AUGCUUAUCACAACAAUAUCCACUAUAACUGGCGACUAUGCUAUACUGAAUGUCAACUCGUCAUUGGCGGCGAAUAAUACUUCAUCAUUAACCACACUAGCCGGAUUGUAUAUGACCACUAUACCUUAUAAUCAGUCAGUCUCAAAUGACCAAGUUCUUCUAUAUCAAUUAACUUUACCCAAUUUAACUUUUGUUGGACUUUAUUGUGAUAUAGCACCUAAUGAUAUCGGUUAUAUAUGUAUAAUUGAAAUUAGUCAUAAUGAAACGCAAUCAACUUAUAUAAAAGUUAAAUUUUUAACAUCCGCAUCGGUAACGAAAAUUGAUUUAUUAUCACAUAUGCCUGACCGUAGCAAAACUGGGAUCACAUCUCAAGGUCUUGGAAUGCAAGCAAUGGCAUUCGGUGGUUAUAUAUUUUAUGCUAUGAAUCAAAAUUACAAUUAUUAUAUUUGGGCGUAUGAUGAAAACAACAAUUUUAUUGAACAAGUGGGAGGAAAUAAAAUUAUUCCUUUUAUAACUGCUGCAGCAGUGAACGCUAUACUUUACUUAGCAUCUCGAUCCAAUAAGCCUGUGCCUGACAAAUACAAACAAAUGUUGAAUACAGCCACAGCUGGAUUAUUCACAGCCUCUCAUACAAGUUUAUCAAGCAUAUUUUCUUUUCAAGAUGUUAACAAUUACCCGGUAUUCAGCUUGUCAAGGGGAUUCAAUGGAAACAAUCUUAUGAAUUUGAUACUUAUUGUUUUAACAUUAUAUAAUAGUGAAACUUUGCUACUUAUAAACCAAAGCCAGCUUAAAGAAAUGUUUGGUGGUAAAGAGUUUGAAGCUACAGCUAAAUAUAGAGGGUUUGCUGAUAUUUUACUUAAAAGUAUUCCACAGCUAAUUACUCAG